AUGUCUGCUAAAAUUGUUCAAAAUAUGUUAAAAUGUGCACCAUUCAACCGCCUGUAUAUGUCCCAAAUAAGAAGUAAGGCAACAUUACCCUGUCUCAAAUUUGAAUAUAAAGACUUAGAACCAAUCAUAUCACGGGAUAUCAUGGAAAUUCACCACCAAAAACAUCACAACACUUAUGUAGUAAACUACAAUAAUACUCUAGAUAAAUUACAGACUGCUGUAGCAAAAGAUGAUACAGCAACAAUCAUAAGUUUGUCACCUGCACUUAAGUUCAAUGGUGGUGGUCAUAUUAAUCAUUCUAUUUUCUGGGAUACCCUUACACCUCAUUCGACUAAACCUUCUGAUGAUUUGAACAAGGCUUUAAUCCAAAACUUUGGUUCUUGUGAUGAGUUUAAGAAACAACUAGCUACAGCUUCUAUUGCUGUACAAGGUUCAGGAUGGGGAUGGCUUGGGUUUAAUCCUCAAACCAAGAAGUUGACAGUCAUAAGUUGUGCAAAUCAAGAUCCACUGUUUCCCACCACUGGACUGAUUCCUUUGUUUGGGAUUGAUGUUUGGGAACAUGCUUACUACUUGCAGUAUAAAAAUGUACGCGCUGAUUACGUAAAUGCAAUUUUUGAAGUUGUUGAUUGGGAUGCUGUGUCCAAACGUUUUUCUGAAGCUUCUAUUUAA